UGUGGACCAAGAGUGUCAUAGCACUACAUAUUCGGCUUUGGCAGUAUCUCUUCUCUCUUCGCCUCUAUCCAUCAUGCCUUCCACUUACCUUCUACCAGUCAUGAAUGACGUCGUCCCCCCUGCACUCGAUAGUCGAAGAGUUACUCGUGAACUGACUACACGUCUUUGCUCUAAAGACCAUCUCCUGCAUGGUAUCGACGACAUCAUGAAGUUCGAGCAUUCGGAGGACUACGAAUUACAACGAUACGGUCGAAAGAUCAUCUCCCUGAUUGAGGUCGCACGCAGCACUCUUAAACGUUUACAAGUGGAAUUAUACCUAUUCGUUGCUUGUUCAGUAGCUCUCCUGCCGUUUAAAUCGGCAUAUUUUAAACUACUUCUUUUCAUCGAACGCCGGAAGCACGCCUUUGGUUCUGACCUGGACAAAAGAAUAUCCCGGCUCUUGGAUCCUCUAUAUAGUCGGUUUGUCGUAUGCUACGGCGGAGUGGACCCCCGUGCCCAACUGGGCAUCAAGGGAUUACCAGCCCCUCCUGACAUUCCAGCCACUUGGAAGAGCACCAUACAUCCUGUAGUUCCUGGUGUAUCGUCAGCACAAAGACAGGAAGACGUGGCGUCCGAUAUCAUGCUAUCACCAGAUGCUUUCGCGAGAAAAAAGGCGAGACUCGACCGACUCGGAGAAUUUAUAAAGGAACAAUCUGCGAAGAAGUUCAGUCGUGGACGAGGACUUCCCAUGCUGGAGGAAUACCCAGCUGGCAACUCCGGGGAGAAACGUCUAGUACCAAGGCAAUACGCAACGGGAAACCCAGAGGAAAUGCGCCUGGUACCUAAGCAAUACGCAACGGGAAACCCGGAGGAAUGGCGCCUGGUGCCUAAGCAAUAUGCAAUGGGCAGCCCAGAAGAAAGGCCCCUGGUACCUAAGCAAUGCGCAACAGGUGGCCUGGAGGAAAGGCGUCUCGUACCUAAGCAAUACCCAACAGGUAACCCGGAGGAAAGACGUCUGGUACCUAAGCAAUACGCAACGGGUAAUCCGCAGGAAAGGCGUCUUGCACCUAAGCAAUACGCAGUGGGCAAGCCGGGGGCAAAACGUCUAGUGCCUCAACAAUACCCAGCAGGCAAGCCGGGGACAAACCAGGCUCCAAUGCCUAAGUAUUCCACAGCGCGCGACGAUCAACUGGGCAACAACGUGAAGCCUUCCUGCCCUGGAAGGGCGCUAACUCGAACAUAUGCCCAAUACUUUGACGAUGUUUGA